AUGCUUUUAGCAACAGGAUAUCCUGACAUUGGUUGGAAUCCAAUAGAAGGUGAACGAUAUCUGUCAUUCUUAAGAUUUGCUGUUUUUGUUAAUGGUAAGUUUAGUUACUGGAUUGACAAAUAUGUGAAAAUGCAUAUUUUACUAUGACUGAAUCUCAUGAGUUGCUCUCUCAGGAAAACAAAUCACAAGCUUAGUUCACAAAAUCAUAAGCUAUUUUAACUGUAGGUUUUGGUUUUGGUCAUUUGUUUUUAUUCAAAUUUUAUUUGUUUUUAUGCAGAUUUACAGGUUUGAACUAUAAUUCCAUUUUUUCCCCCAUUUUGGCUUUAUAAAUUUUUGUCAUGCCCUUCAAUACUAACAUUCCAAGGACAGCCAAUGUUAAUUAAGAUAACAACAACACUGAUCAAAUGAGUAGCAGCAGAUAAAAUACACCAGUAUCCCCACAAUAUGUUUAUUGAAGCAUAAAAGCCACUCCAUCAUACUUUAAAAUAACAAAGGCUUUACCUGGUGCUGGAAAGACACCAGGUAUGCCUCAAUGGGAAGAAUAUUCCAGAUAAGGGCCUCUGCAAGGAAGAAGCUCCUUUCCACAGCUGUUACCUGUGCUAAGCCAAACAGCAGAGGCAUUAGGAGGAAGGCCUCUGUUGAUGGCUUCUGACUGUGGUUCCAUUAUUUGAGGCUGAGGCUUUUCCUAAGAUGAGUGCCUUAGUUAUCACACAGAAUGGCUCAAUCAGAUUUCCUCUCCAAUCUUUCCUACUGAGUUCUGUCUCGGAGAACCAAAAUUUUGACACCAGAAGAAAAUAACUAAACCAAAUCUGAAUCAAAGAUCUGAAAUCUGAAUGGUUAAUUCUCUGCACAAAAUUUGGAUUUUGGGGUGUGCGUGCGUGUUCUUUUAAAAAUAAUGUAUAGAGUUCACACAGCAUUACUGUUUGGUUUUAUUAUUCAUGUUAGUAAAAUUUGCUUUUUUGUUUUUAGGUGAAAGUGUAGAGGAAAAUGCCAGUGUUGUUGUCAAGCUUCUAAUUCGGCGUCCCGAAUGUUUUGGGCCAGCUCUGAGAGGAGAAGGAGGAAAUGGUUUGUUGGCUGCUAUGCAAGGAGCAAUUAAGAUAUCUGAGAACCCAGCUCUUGAUCUUCCCUCUCAGGGAUAUAAGAGGGAACUGUACGUGGAUAUACACAAUACUUGACAUUAUUUUGGAAUAUGCCAUUCAAAGUCUGCCUUGAUGAUGUGUCAGUUACAAUAACAUACCAUAUGGUAGAAAAGGACACUUAGCAAUUGCUCUCACUUCUGUAACCAUGUAGAAAUACUUGGCAUAAUGAGAUGGAAAAGCAAAACAAUACUCUCUGGAUGUAUUGCCUAGAAAUCUUGCUUCUCUAGAAGUAUGGACAUAUAUCUUUAUAUAACUGCAAUACAUACUGCUAGAGGCACAAUUUCUUUCCAGUACUGCUGACCUGACCCUUCCAUGAAGUAAAUUGGUACUGGAUAUUAUUUCUUAAUACUAAUGAACAUGCACCCAUAUAAUGCUUUGAAUCGCUUUGUUUGUUGAAUUUGAGAUUUCAGAAACAAAGUGUUAGGUAUACUUAGGGUUAUUAUGUACAAUGUUAAUCCUCCUCACAGUAGACCCAUUGGAAACAAUAGACAUGACUAAUUUAGGGCCAGUAAUUUUAGGGGGUGUACUCUGAACAGUCCCUGAUCAACUAAGUAAAAGUUAGUGGAAAUACAACCCUUACAGAUACUUUAUUUACAUUUAUUGCAUCAAUAUGCUCUUCAUCACUCUGCGUGCCUCUGAGCCAAAAAUGGGAAUAUAAAUAAACAAUAACUCAAAUCAGCAGGACUCCAGCUCACUUGUGCAGCCUCCUUUAUCUACUGUUUGAGCUGAAUAACACUCCGUGAAGACCAGAGAACCCUCAUGCCAGAGUCAUGUGAAAUGAGCUACUUUGAGAAGAGUGAAGGAAGAAGUGGAAGAGAGGGAGGUGCACAACCAUUCCCCACUUGUUGCUUCUCUGUUCCAAAUUAGGAAUUCUUCCUGUUUAGGGAGCCAUUUGCUCUUCUCCGUGGGUUUUCAAACACAUCGUUAUGCUUGUGUUUGUGGAGAGGGGCUGGAGCAGAUUAGGAAAGGGAGAGGAAAGAGGAAAGCGCACACCAUUCUCCACCCUGAAUAGCUUCCUCUCACAGCAUUCAAUCUUUCUCUGCUGGGAUUCCAAUACAUGCAUUUGCAUGUAACAUUUAGUCCAUCCGGAUUCAGGGAGUAUAUAUACCCAUUCUAGUGGGCUGCUGUGCAUUCCAUCCUGGGUGCCAGCCAAUACACACCCUGCCCACAGGGGAAUCGGAUGGAGUUCAUUCUAGGGUUUGUUUUUGGGUGAAAGCUCGAAAGAAAGAAAAGAAGGCAUUUCUGUUCGUGCCUUCUUGCUUUGGGUUCACACUAGGAGAUAGAAAAACAAACCAGCCAUUAUUCCCUGCUUAGUUGAAGCUGGGUUUUUCUUUUAAUUCUUGUUGUUACUGCUAUUUUAGUUUCCAGAUCACUUUGGAUUUUAUCCAUGCCUGCUUGAUUUCUUUUUAACAGUCUUGAAGAAGAUGAAGAGGAGGAGGAGGUUGUGCAUAUGGGCAAUGCAAUUAUGUCUUUCUACUCAGCUCUUAUAGAUUUGCUUGGGCGUUGUGCACCAGAAUUGCAUGUAAGUGUGUGUGGGGGGGGGGGUUUCUUUGUGCAGAAGCAGCAAAAGGUCACACGACACACUUCAAGCUCCAAAUAUUACCAAGCAACCUGAGUCACCUUCUCACAUCAUUAUCAUCAGUAUAAAUAAUCUCUGUUUACUAAAAUGACAAUUUAAACUAAGAUAAAACUAUCCAUUUAAUUUUUCAAAUGGAAGGCCAGAAUAGUAUAUUUUUGCUGAGAAGGCUCCCUCCUGCACUGAAAUAGUUGUAAUCUUAUGAUACUCUUAAAUAAAGUAAAGAGGAACUAAAGUAUUAUAAGAGUAUUUAGCCAAUUUUAUAUAGUACUUUAUUUAUGUAAUAUUUAUAUUCAUGUAGUACAAGUAUUUAUUAAAAAGGAAAACUAUUUAUCCCAUAGAAUGACCCUUUAAGUAGCAAUAUUUAAACAGUUUGUAUAUGUAUAAAAAGAGUCCAUAAUUUUGCAGUUAUUUACAUUUUUAAAAGAGAGAGAGAAAAUUUAAAGAGAACAUUGCCUCUGUUAAUUGAAUUUUGUGUAAAAAUACAGCUCAUCCAAACUGGAAAAGGUGAAGCUAUUAGAAUACGUUCCAUCUUGCGUUCCUUGGUGCCAACUGAAGAUUUGGUUGGGAUUAUAAGCAUACCUCUAAAAUUGCCAGCAGUAAAUAAAGGUAAGGCAUUUUUAAAAGUAUUGGGUAAAUACCACUCAAUCAAUUUCUCUGUAUGCCAUCCUUCCACAGAAUUUGUUUUCAAUGCAGCUUACAAUGAUUAAAAAAUAGAAUAAGCAAUUCAGUAUUAAAGACAGUACUGCAUAGCAACCCCCCCCCAAAAAAUCUAACUAUAUCAGUAUAUCAACUACUUCAUUAACAAUUCAGACAUCUUCAAAUAUCUCAAGGGCUAUCAUAUGGAAGAGGGAACAAGCUUGUUUUUUCCUGCUCUGGAGAGUAGGACUCAAACCAAUGGCUUCAAGUUACAAGAAAGGAGAUUCUGAGUAAGCAUCAGGAAGAACUUUCUGACAGUAAGUGCUGUUAAGCAAGUGGUACAGACUCCUAUGAGAGGCGGUGGACGUCCUUGGAGGUUUCUAAGCAGAAGUUGGAUGCCCAUCUGUGAUCGAUGCUGUACCUGAGAUUCCUGCAUUGCAGGGGGUUGGACUAGAUGACUGCUGGGGUCCCUUCCAACUCUACAAUUAUAUGAUUCUAUGAUCAACCAAUCCUCUCCUAUUAUGCAACGGCAGUAUUUCAUCUUCUAUAAUCAGCUGCAAUAGAACCAGUCCCUGCAGAGGAAUGCUUCUUUGGCAUCUAUUCAGUCUUCUUCGUGGCACCCAAAAAAACAUGGCGCUUCAUGGAAAACCCAUUCUGGACCUAAAAUUUCUGAACCAAUGGGUAACCUACAGGAAAUUCAAAAUGGAAAGUCUUCCGUCUAUCAAAGAAAAUCUCCAGACCUAUUCACAUCAAUAGAUUUCUCUUCCAGAAGCUUACUUCCAGGUAACCUCAGCCAAUCAGCUAGUCCACUUGGGGGCCCUACUGGAAACCUCCAGAGGCCUAGUUCUUUCUCUCUGGAAUGUAUGGAAAAGAUCAGCUGAGGUUCUGACAUUCAGAAAAUCCAAUAUAGUGGAUUUCAUGUUUAUGGCAAGGGUUCUAGCUCUGGGCAUCUGAGUGGUGCAUAACACUCUAUUUGCAAGCACCAUGCCCAUCAUCUCCAAUGGGCUCUACUGCCUACCAGAAAGACUGCAUCGAGCAAGACAUCUGCACAUCAAACUGCCCCACCACCUCUGCCAAGCCUUGAGAUAGUGGGCAGUGAUCCAGCCUGUAGAGGGCUCUUCUUUUUGUGAUCAUCCGAGAACAAUGAUCACCUUGGAUGCCAGCCCCACAGGGUGGGAAGCUCACUGUGGAGAGCUAAACAUCCAGGGCCUAUGGUCUCCCACCAAAGCGUCAAUGAGCAUCAAUUGGCUUGAGCUCUUAACAGCUCCCUUGCCCUACAACACUUUGCUCCUCAUCUCCAACAUCCUAAUCUGCAUGGAUUCCACCACAGCAAUACCCAACAUCAGCAGACAAGGAGGUACCCACUUUUGGCAGCUUCAGGCAGAAGCAUCCCUCUUCCUCAGCUGGGCAGAACACAGCGUCCAGUCAGUCAGAGCCAAGCACAUCUCCAGUCUCCUAAACAUGCAAACAGACUGACUGAGCCUCAGGAAAAUGGACCAAGUGGAAUGGCAACUGUAUCUGGCAGUUUUUCAACAGCUUCUGUCAAAGUUUGACCAAUGCCAGGUGUACCUCUUUGCCUCAGACAGGAAUCAUAACCUCCCACCUUUCUUUACUAGAUUCCAGUCACCAUCAGCAGAGAUAUGGGAUGCCCUGUUCUCACCAUAGCCACCAGGUCUUCUCUACGCUUUCACUUCACUUCCCAUCAUUCCAACGGUCCAUUGGAAGAUCAGGGAAGAGCAUGUGAGAGUCCUCCUUUUCACACCACUGGCCUUGCAGACCUUGGUUCCCUCAGAUAAACCACCUGGGAGUCUCCCUCUGUGGCACUUACCUCACACAACAGAUCUCUCUCAGGGCCCAAUUCUUCAUCUGGAUCCCAAGUGGCUCCAGCUGACUGUGUGGAGUUUGAACAGUGGCACCUAACCAAGCUGGACUUAGCUGCAGAUGUCAUCGAUACACUCCAGAGCAAUCAGGGCUCAAUACUUUCAUGCAAGGGGUGGGGAGAACUUACCAACCAUUUUCUCCUCCUUCCAUGGUGUCUCACAGACUCCCACCCUGUUUCUUAAAAUUUGAAGUCCUGCACCACUUCCAAAGUAAUUCAGAUUGCUGUGUCCUGUUGUAUUUUAAAGGUUUUACAAUAUGACCAUGAAAACCAGCAGACCUGGGAUACUUUGUGUUUGUGAAUAGUCAUAUAAAGCUAAAAUUGUAUGAACAAUGACAUAAUUGGAUUUCUUUUCAGAUGGAACUGUUACAGAACCAGACAUGUCGGCAAGUUUCUGCCCUGACCAUAAGGCACCCAUGGUACUUUUUCUAGAUCGUGUCUAUGGUAUAAAGGACCAAAGCUUCCUUCUCCACCUCCUGGAAGUUGGAUUUUUACCAGAUUUAAGAGCAAGUGCCUCAUUGGAUACAGUGAGUAUUUUACUUACCUUAAUCUACAACUGUACUCAUAGUGAUGUAUAAUGUAAAAUUUUGUUGUUCAUUGACAUUAUAAAAUACAGCUAACAAACAAACAAAAUACUAAAUCUAGAAGUGUUAUGUUCUUAGCUCUCAUUUGAUGAUGCUACAAUCAAUGAAUAACACAAGACUGGUGCCAUAAAUUCACAAAUUCCUGUGUGUUCUUAUAAAAUAUUUUCACCUUAUGGGAAUUGAGGGAGAAUGCAACCAAGAAAAACCAAGAGUCAUACAUUUCUGUAUAUGGAAUUGAAAAACAAUCACAUUGUUGUUACCUGAGCGAAACCCAGAAAAUUUAUUCUUCGAUUAAAUCUACAAUAGGCCAGUGCAGAAAAAAUAUUAAACGUGGCCAAGGAAUCAUAAACCAGGCUGAUGACUACAUGCUUCUUCAUUGCUCAAGCAGAAAUUCUGCCCAGUGUCAUUAAGCAUGGUUUCAUCUUAUAUCUGCAUCCAAACUAAGCAUGGUUCGUGCUAACAAGGAUUUACAACCAGAGUCAGAUCUUGGGUUAGGAGUGAUACUGUGUAAAUGGAAAUAUAAGACUUAAUAUAUUCAGAGUUAGAGACUUGGCAGGUAAGGAAGAUGUAAUAUAUAAAAAUAUAGAAGAGUAUAUAAAUACUAGAACUAUCUCUGUUGAUGUAGGGAUAUGUAAAGUUUUAGGCCGCACAGAGAAUUUUGUCAGGUAGAAUAGAAAAGAUGAAUGAAGAGUGUAGUUUUAGUUCCAAUGACACACUUAUGCCCCAUCAAGAUGAAUACAAACUUCUAGACAUGUACUGUUGCCUUCCAGAUGCUUGAAAACCCUCUUUUUUCAGUCUAGGCAGGUUGGAAUGACAGGAGUUUUAUCCAGCCCUUGGACUGCUGCUAUACAUGGUUAGGUGUGAUUCUAAGUUGCACAAGCCACCAGUGAAGUCAUAUGCACAAAACUGAAACAGACUAUAUAUACAGUACAUUGACCAAGCAGUAAUAUGUAUAUAUUAUAUGUUCUUUAUGCAGGUUUCUUUGAGUACUACAGAGACAGCUCUUGCUCUAAAUAGAUAUAUUUGUACAGCUGUGUUUCCAUUACUCACACGGUGCGCUUCUCUCUUUUCGGGGACUGAGCAUUAUGUCUCUCUGAUUGAUUCCACACUUCAUACCAUGUAUCGACUAUCCAAAGGACGCUCUCUUACCAAAGCACAGAGAGACACCAUUGAAGAAUGUUUACUUGCUAUCUGCCAGUAAGUAUGUAUAAAGAUUGUUUUCUGUUUCAUAUAAACACGCUGCCUUUACAAUAUAAUUUAUUGUAUAUCUGUUGACUCUGGCUCCACACAGGUUUUAGUGCUAUAACAGGUUUAUUAACAGAGUUAUAUUCACCUCUCUGGCUGGUCUCUAAAUUACAUGCAGCAAAAGUCUCAGGUGAAGAGAGCAAGCAAUGAGGCUGGGUGUACACAAGGAAAUAAUACACGAUUAUUUUUUUUUUUUAAAACAAUUUAUUGGGUUUUACAAUAAAAAUAAACAUAUUAAACAAUAUGACCUUUGUCUUGACAUAAUUUCACAUUUUCUUUGGACUUCCUCACAUCUCCCGCUCCCACUUUCAUCGUUAUAACAUUUUGUCAGCAAUUUAUCAUCUUAUUUAAAUUCUUAUAUCGUUUCUAUAUUUCAUAAUCUUAUAAUUUUCAAAGGGAAUUAAAUUUUCACAGUCUUACUUAUUUUCAUAGAAAACUUCUAAAUUUAGUGGUGCUCAGUUAUUUUGGUCUAGCAUCUUAUUUAGCAUUCACUCAAAUUGCAAUAUUUUUGUAAAUAGUUCUUGAAUUUCUUCCAAUCCUCCUCAAUCCUUUCUUCUCCCAGGUCACGGAUUCUGCCGGUCAUUUCAGCCAGUUCCAUGUAGUCUAUCAGUUGCAUCUGCCAUUCUUCCAGUGUGGGUAGAUCUUGAGUUUUCCAAUGUUUUGCAAGAAGUAUCCUUGCUGCUGUUGUUGCAUACAUAAAAAUGUCUGAUCCUUCCUUGCCACCCCUUGGCCGACAAUACCCAAAAGGAAAGCCUCUGGUUUCUUAGUGAAGGUAUAUUUAAAUACCUUUUUCAAUUCGUUAUAAAUCAUCUCCCAGAACGCCUUCACUUUAGGGCAAGUCCACCAGAGGUGGAAGAACGUUCCCUCAGACUCUUUACAUUUCCAACACUUAUUAUCAGACAGGUGGUAAAUUUUUGCAAGUUUGACUGGGGUCAUAUACCAUCUAUAAAUCAUUUUCAUUACAUUUUCUUUCAGAGCGUUACAUGCAGUAAACUUCAAUCCAUUACUCCACAACCUUUCCCAGUCCUCAAACAUAAUAUUAUACCCAAUAUCCUGUGCCCACCUUAUCAUAGCCGAUUUAACCGUUUCAUCUUGUGUAUUCCAUUCCAGCAGCAAGUUAUACAUCCUUGAAAGUACCUUAAUCUUUGGUUCUAACAAUUCUGUUUCUAGUUUCGAUUUCUCCACCUGGAACCCUAAUUUCUUAUCAUUUUUAAAAACUUCUUUAAUCUGAGCGUAAUGUAACCAAUCUCGCACUUUAUCUUUCAUUUUCUCCAAACUCUGCAAUUUCCAAUUGUCUCCAUCCUUUUCUAAUAUUUCCCAAUAUUUUGGCCAUUUAGCCUCCAUAUUGGGUCUUUUCGGGCCUUAGCUUCCAAAGGUGAAAGCCACCUUGGUGUUUUAUUUUCCAGCAAGUCUUUAUAUUUUGUCCAGACAUUAAACAGUGAUUUUCUGACAAUAUGGUUCUUGAAGGCCUUAUUUGCUUUAACUUUGUCAUACCAUAAAUAUGCAUGCCAUCCAAAAACAUUGUUAAACCCUUCCAGAUCUAACACAUCAGUGUCUUCAAGAAGUAGCCAGUCUUUUAGCCAGCAGAACGCUGCGGCUUCAUAAUACAACUUUAAGUCUGGCAGGGCAAAGCCCCUCUUUGUUUUGCAUCAGUUAAUAUCUUAAACUUAAUUCUGGGCUUUUUGCCCUGCCAGACAAACUUAGAAAUGUCUCUCUGCCACUUCUGAAAGCACUCCAUUUUGUCCAAAACCUGAAGUGUCUGAAAUAAAAACAACAUCCUUGGCAAUACAUUCAUCUUAAUAGCAGCAAUUCGGCCUAACAAAGAAAGUUUCAAUUUUGACCAACUAUCUAAGUCUCUUUUAAUUUCUGUCCAGCAUUUUUCAUAAUUGUCCUUAAAUAGACUUAGAUUUUUGCUGUUAUGUUUACCCCUAGGUAUUUUACUUUUUUAACCACAUUGAGUUCCGUCUCAUUCUGAAACCGUUCUGACUCUGUAUCAGUCAAAUUUUUCCCCAAAACCUUAGUUUUCUGUUUAUUUAAUUUAAAUCCAGCCACCCGACCAAAAUCAUUAAUCAAUUGUAAUACUCUUUUCGUACUGGGCUCUGGCUUCUGCAGGGUCAAAACCAGGUCAUCUGCAAAAGCUUUUAGUUUAUAUUGUUUCUGACCGACCUGAAUUCCUUCCACCAACCGAUCCCCUCUAAUCAUGUUCAAUAGCACUUCCAGAACCGAAAUGAAUAACAAAGGGAGAGAGGGCAACCUUGUCGUGUCCCUUUUUCAAUUUUGAACUCUUCUGUGACCACAUUAUUAACUAUCAGUUUAGCUUUCUGUUCUGAAUAUAUCGCCUCAAUCCCAUUCUCAAAACCCCGUCCCACUCCCAUCUCUUUUAAAUUUCCCAUCAUAAAUUUCCAGGAGAUAUUGUCAAAGGCCUUCUCCGCAUCUAUGAAAAUUAAAACUGCUUUUGUAUUUAUAUCUGUUUGCAGAAGUUCCAAAAUGUCAAUAAUGUUCCUUGUAUUGGCAAACAGAUGUCUACCUGGGAGAAAACCGGCCUGGUCCUUAUGAAUUACUUCAUUUAAGACUUUUUUAAUCUACUUGCCAAAAUAUCUGCAAAUAUUUUGUAAUCCACAUUUAAAAGGGAGAUGGGGCGGUAGUUCUUAAGUUGUGUCUUUUCAGCUUCCGACUUUGGUAUUAAUGUGAUAAACGCUUCCUUCCACGAAUCCGGUGCCCUCUUCCCCUCCAUAAUUUCAUUGCUGACCUCCAUCAAAGGUUGUAUCAAAUAGUCUUUUAAUGUCUUAUAAUACUUGGAGGUCAGCCCAUCUGGCCCUGGAGAUUUGCCAAGUUGCAUGUUCUGAAUGGCUUGUUCAAUCUCCUGUCGUGUUAUUUUAGAAUUCAGAAUUGUCCUAUUUUCUUGUGACAAUUUAGAUAGUCCAUUUUUUGCCAAAAAUUGUUUAAUCUCCACUUCGUCUUGCGGCCCUUGGGUGUAUAAUUUUUUGAAAUAUCUCUGGAAACACUUUCUAAUAUCCACUGGAUUCUGAAUGUUUUUUCCAUCAACCUCUAAGUUUGUAACCGUGUUUAAUCUUUGUCUUCUCUUCAACUGCCAAGCUAGCAGUUUUCCACAUUUAUUCGCCGACUCAAACGUUUUUUGUUUCAUUAAUUUAACCUUCCAUUCAAUUUCCUGAUUUAUCAAUUUAGAAUAUUGUGUUUGAUAAAGCUUAAUUUCUCUCAGAGUUGGCUGUGACUUUGGGGAAAUAAUACACGAUUAAUUCAUUGUGCCUGACUACAACACAACAUAUCAAGUGUGUUAUAGAUAAUCAAUUCUGAUCCUCAAAUGAGAACUUCACAUUAUAUCAUGUACAAAAAUUAUAUAUUUAUCUAGGUGCAGGAAGCGUUAGUUGGGAACUCAUUUGCUACUGCAGCUGUGUAACAAAGUGAUAUGGGAAGCUUGUCAGAAGGGAGGCCUUUCUCAGUAGAAUCCUAGAUAGGCAGGAGAGUACAGCCUCCUUGGCAAUUAGAUGCCAGUUGUCUAGAAGGCAGUUAGCCCUCUCUAAAGGAGAGAAAGUCAGAAAUAAAUGGAUGUAAACAUGCACUUUCUUACCUGCCUUUCACCAUAAGGUCCCGUGUCAGGUUGCAGGUUAAAUAAAGGGAUGGGUUAAAUUUAUUUAUUUAACAAAAUUACAUACCACUUGAUCGUAAAUAGAAUCUCUGAGGAGGAGUUGUUGUUUUUUAAGUUGAAUCCCUGGUGUGCCUCUUUAUUGGCCUGACGGUUUUCUGCCAAAGGACAAGGUGGCACCUCUCCCUUUUCCACAUGCAGAAGCUGCCUAGAGUGGCAGUUGAAUCAUGGCCGCCCCGGCUGCCCAAGCAUUUACCCCCUGAGGUGGUUGGGCUGCUCUGCCUAAUGGUAGGAGCCAGUCCUAUUACUAGAGAUUCCUUCCCCAUAGUUCUCCUCCACAACACCUUACCCUUAACUCUGCUUACAGUGUACAUAUUUUUAAAGACCAUGGGUGUUCACAGGUCAAUGUGAUAAAUGAGUGAGUGGGGGCAUCAAACCCACCAGGAAGAAAUUGGGCACGUUUUCAAUAUUGUUCCAGUAUUAGAGGACCCUCCUAAGUCAUAGCAGUGAUAUAAUCUUUCAUGCUUCCCAUUUACCUUCUGGAUCAGCCCAAAGACCCAUCUACUGUAGUCUAGCAUUCUGCUCCCACAGUGACCAAUUACAUACAUAUGGGAAGUCUCUUUCUGAAACUUUUCUUGAGGGGGAAAUCCCCCAAUAACUUAAGAGUUUGUUACACACGCAAGAUUGUUACACUGCUCACUACUACUCUAGAGUAUAUAUACCAAAUUAUUCAGAAUGUCAUGUAGUACGUGGGGCUGGGAUUCAGUUAAUUAGGAUCAUAUUAUAAUUUGCUUCUUUCAUAUGGUCAAAUACAGGCCAGUUUAGAGGUGGGAAAUAUAGAACUUUCCUUCUCUAUUUUUCUUGUCACGAGACACGAUUAGAAUCAGAAUUUUUCUGCUUAUGUGAUUGCUUCAAUGGAAUAUUGCCCUGCCCUUAAGAAUGUUUCCAUUGAACAUAACUGAGUAGAUCCUAAUCACUCUGCUGUUUUCCUUUUAGGUAAUCUGUUUUACAGAACACUUGCAUUGUUUGUCUUGCAUUCCAGUCAUUUGUGUAAUUGCCUUGCAGCUUCAUCAACAUGUACACAUUACUAAUUAUGAGUUUCUUUUUUAAUUCUAGUCAUUUACGGCCUUCUAUGCUACAGCAGCUAUUACGACGGCUGGUUUUUGAUGUACCCUUACUUAAUGAAUAUUGUAAAAUGUCACUUAAGGUAAAUCCUUCUAUUUCUACUAAGGAUAUUAAAUCUUUCAGUAGUAUGAGAGAUUUCUUUCUUUUAAUUUCAAAAACAGUUUGGAAGGCUGACUGAGCACACAUCUUUAAGAAUAAAGGCCUUCUUAUUAGUCAAAGAUAAUUUAAAGCACAAUUGCUUUAAAACAUAAGAUUUGUCAUUACAUUAUAAACAAAGCUGCUAAGAGUUUUCUAUUAAAAAGGAGUGAAAACUUUUGUUAUAGUUUUCUUUAAUGUAUUAUUUUUUCUGUCAUUUACAGCUGCUAACAAAUCACUAUGAACAAUGUUGGAAAUAUUAUUGCUUGCCUUCUGGAUGGGGAAAUUAUGGAAUUGCAGCUGAAGAAGAGUUACAUUUAUCUGAAAAACUUUUCUGGGGAAUAUUUGAUUCCCUCUCUCAUAAGGUAAAGGUCCAGAGUAAUAUUUGCAAGAGACACUACAAUUCACACCUGUGCUUCUGUACGCAGCACAAAUUGCUUGCUUCCACUAAAUGCUAUAAAGAUGCACCUAGUGAAAGGAAAAUGCCCUACUGAAGGGAAGCUUGUUUGCUUCUGCACAUGACUGUGGCAUGAUGGGAAGUUUUGCUUCUAAGCUUUUCUUCUGCUCAUGCUGCACAAACCGUACUAAUACUAAGACAUUCCCUCAUCACCCUGGUACGUUCUGUUCACCUUGAGUUCACACCAUAUCAAUCUGUACUUAUCCCUCUGUGUAUAUUCCUUUCGUACCACCCUGGAACGUGGAGUCCAUUAGUAGCACCAUAUCAAUCAUAUAAGAAGGAGAUCAUGCCUGUCUAAACUCUGCGUUCCUUUUUCCAACCUUUAACCUAUCGAUGAUUAAUGUCUUAUAUGCAACCCUUGCUUUGUAGUUAUGUUAACCAAUCAGCAACAAGCACAUAUGUGGCAAUGCUGUAAUAUUCAAUAAAAGGGACUCUCCGAGACUUGCUCGGGAGAUGCCUCCCGUAUGACACCUUGCCAUUCGUCUGUCGUUUAUUUCAACCCAACACCCUACUUAGUCACUAAGGGCUCUGUUCAGACCAACAUACCCAUUGAUUCAAUAGGACUUUUGGGACUUUUUUUACAUUGUCAAAUAAACUGACACAACUUCUUUAGUCUUAAAAAAAAAUCAGCUAUGAACAAAGCCUUCAAACAAUUGAUUUAAACAAUAUAUAAAUGUAGCUUGGUUUUCUACUAGGUGCCUGAAUUAAAAAAUAAAUAAAUCUUCAUUUACCAGCAUCUACUUAUGCUGCUUCUAUAUGGCUGUGUUGCCUUAACUAAUAUUUUGCAUGUUUUUCUAUUGGACUUUCCAACCAGUUCCUAUCUCUCCUGCAGAAGUAUGAUCCAGAGCUUUUCCGAAUGGCCUUGCCUUGUUUAAGUGCAAUAGCUGGGGCUUUGCCACCAGAUUAUUUAGACACCCGAAUUACCUCAGUUUUAGAAAAACAGACUUCAGUGGAUGCUGAAGGGAACUUUGAUCCCAAACCUAUCAACACAGUGAAGUAAGUCAUAAGUGCCUCACUCAUAAUGCGCUAAUCAAUCUGGGAUUCUUUUUCCAACCUAGCAGGGGCCUUGCUAUCUCUUUAACACAAAGGGUAGAGAACCUGUGGCUAAAGGUUUGCAGUAUUUAUCUUACUUCCUGCAGGCCUUGGCCUAAUUUCAUGAAGCCUGGAGGGAGAAAAGUAUGGUUGGGAGGGAAAAGAUUGAAGGGUAGAAUGUGAAAUGGAUCAAGUGAUGGAAAGAGCGAGCGGGGAAAGACCAACGCAAGCAAUCAGUUCAGACCUCUUGCAAGAGCAGCCUGUUACCAACAGCCCAGUGGAAAUGGAAGAAAGGUGAGGGGAGAGUAAAAGAGAAUGGGGCAUACAUGACAGUAUAAAGCUGUAAUGACUCCUUGCUUCUCCAGCCCCUUAUUAUAAGUCACCCAGGUGCACCAUUGCAAUUAUUUGGUUGGCUAGUGCAUGUAAACAGAAUCAUGAUGAGAAAACAUAGGUUCUUGAGAAUAUGUUAACAACGUAAUCUAGGCCUUUUACCACUGUCAUCAUUAUCCAGAUAAUUUUUAAAAUAUUUAUUCAUGGAAAUUGAUAUAAAUAGGCAUAUCCAUAUAUGCCUAAUUGGAGCAAAUUAUAAAUUAUAUUGCUCUUUUGUGUUUCCAGUUUUACACUUCCUGAAAAGUUGGAGUAUAUUGUCAACAAGUACGCUGAACAUACACAUGACAAAUGGGCCUGUGACAAGGUAUGGAUUAUUAUAAAUCUGACAAUUGUCAAAGAAGGACAAUGAGAGUUGAAUGUUAGAAAUCUGCCCAAUUUAUCUCCAUGACAGAUUUGCCUUUCAGACACCUAGACUGUUAUACCAGAGCAGCACUGUCUAGUAAUGCUUCUCUCUCUCUCUCUCUCUCUCUCUCUCUCUCUCUAUCUAUCUCUCUUCCUCUCUUCUCUCAAAAUACCUGGGGAUCUUCUGGCAGCUUCUGAAUGCAAUAAAGUGCUGUGGUUCUUGCAAUUUCCUCCUAAAUUGACACAGAAAUAGUCUGUGUCCUUAGCAGUACCUUAACUUUUAACUAGUAGUGGAAAAUCAUAACAUUUUAGCUUGUUUAUACACAUGGAAGUGGGCAGAUAAUAAUACUAUGUGAACUGGAAGUACAUGUAUUGGGAUGUGGGUGGCGCUGUGGUCUAAACCACUUGAGCCCCUUGGGCUUGCCAAUCAGAAUGUUGGCAGUUCAAAUUGUGGGUGGGUCUAUUGGAUACCCACAACACUCGAUUGGUGGGUCCCUCAUUGCUGAGUGUAAUCUGGCCAAUGGGGUGCAGUCUAAAGAGUUCGAGGGACCUAUUUAAUCUCUUGCACAUGACCCAGAGAUUCUCUUUCGGUUCGUGUAAACGGAACACUCGCCUACCUCUCCCUGUAUUUAGGGCAUUUUGCGAUUGACCUUGCUAUGCCGACGUGUGUCAUCUGUCAUUGGGACAGGGGCACGGCAGGAAUUUUCCCCACUUGGCUGAUUGGCAGUUGCCAUUUGGGUUUCACUUGCCGCAUAGGAAAUCGUCACAACUUCUAAGGUUGCAGAUAGGCACUGGUUCAUGUGAUAGGGAUGGGAGAACGGUCUCACCAUCCCUAUGUGAAGGGUAUUCCAUUAAAGGAAUCCAGGGACUCAACUUGGUUUGGUUAACCCCUGAGAUGGGGUUGUGCCCGUGCCUGAGUCCAGGGGAGCAUCUGGGGAGUGAACAGAGUCUGUUCCCGGGUUUUUCUUUUUUCUUUUUUAAAUGAUAUUUAUUAAGGUUUCAAUAAAAGAUUGAACAGAAAAACGUAAACAAAAAAUACACAAUUCAAAAAAGCACAAUACAUAAUCCAAAAAAGAAAGAAAAAAAGAACAAAAAAAAAACAAAAUACAAGGAAAAAAAAGAACAAUUAAAAACAAUAUCACCUUUUCGUUUCCAUCUUUAAAUUUACUUAUUUUCUGGACCUCCUCAUACCUCCCUCUUUUGUAUUCCAGUUCAAAUUGUUUGUCCAGCAAUUUCUUUCCCUCUUUUUUAAUCCCAAUCUUUAAUCUUAAUAUAAUAUAACAUUAAAAUUUUACCUCUUAAAAGCCAAAUUUCCAUUUCCUUAAACUUCUUUAAUCCUAAUCCUUAAUCUUAGUCUAUCUAUAACUUUAAGUCCUGUACAGCUGGAAACCACUUAUUUUCAAUCCAACAUCACUCUAACAUUCUUUAAUUUUAGUGUUUCUGUAGAUAAUCUUUGAAUUUCUUCCAAUCUUCCUCCACCGACUCUUCUCCCUGGUCACGGAUUCUACCAGUCAUUUCCACCAAGGUUUUGAGAAUGGUAUAAGUGCAAUUUAUUCAGAACAAAAAGCUAAAUUAAUUGUAAAUAAUGUUGUGACGGAAGAACUUAAAAUUGAAAAAGGGACACGACAAGGUUGCCCAAUUUCCCCACUUCUUUUUAUUUCGGUCCUGGAGGUUUUGCUGAAUAUGAUUAGAAGGGACCGGUUGGUUAAAGGUAUACAGGUCGGAAUUAAACAGUACAAAUUGAGAGCAUUUGCAGAUGACUUAGUAUUGACGUUACAGGAGCCAGAAUCUAGUACUAAAAGGGUUUUAGAACUGAUUCAAGAAUUUGGUCAAGUGGCAGGAUUUAAAUUGAACAAGUCAAAAACUAAGGUUUUAGAGAAAAAUUUAACACCGAUUGAAAGAGAGAGGUUUCAGAAUGAGACAGGUUUAACAGUGGUUAAGAAAGUUAAAUACCUGGGGAUUAACAUGACAGCAAAAAAUGGGAAUUUAUUUAAAGACAACUAUGAAAAAUGUUGGGCUGAAGUGAAAAAGAUUUAGAAAUUUGGUCAAAUUUGAAGCUUUCACUGCUGGGCCGUAUUGCUGCGAUAAAAAUGAAUGUAUUGCCUAGAAUGUUGUUUUUGUUUCAAACUUUGCAAAUUGUGGACAGAAUGGAUUGUUUCAAGAGGUGGCAGAAAGAUAUUUCUAGAUUUGUCUGGCAGGGCAAGAAGCCCAGAAUAAAAUUUAAAAUACUAACGGAUGCAAAGGAAAGAGGUGGAUUUGCCCUGCCAGACCUCAAACUUUACUAUGAAUCAGCAGCUUUUUGCUGGUUGAAAGAAUGGCUACUUCUUGAAAACACUGACAUUUUGGACCUAGAAGGUUUUAACAAUGUAUUUGGAUGGCAUGCAUAUCUAUGGUAUGAUAAGGUCAAAGCACAUAAAGCAUUUAAAAACCACAUUGUCAGGAAAGCGCUGUUUAAUGUUUGAAUAAGAUAAAAGGAUUUGUUAGAAAACAAAACCCCAAGGUGGCUGUCACCAAUGGAAGCGAAAGCCUUGAAAAAGCUCAAUAUGGAGGUCAAAUGGCCGAAAUAUUGGGAAAUUUUGGAACAAGAUGGAGAUAGACUGAAAUUGCAGAGCUUUGAAAAACUAAAAAACAAAGUGCGAGACUGGCUUCAUUAUUUUCAGAUAAUGGAGGCAUUUAAAUUGGACAAGAAAAUUGGCUUCCAGGUGGAAAAAUCAAAAUUAGAAACAGAACUGUUAGAACCCAAAACUAAGAAUUUGUCAAGAAUGUAUAACUUGCUGCUGAAAUGGAACACUCAGGAUGAAACGGUAAAAUCGGCUAUGAUUAAAUGGGCACAAGACGUUGGACAUAACAUUAUGUUCGCUGACUGGGAACAGUUGUGGACCACAGGUAUGAAAUUUACGGCAUGUAAUGCCUUAAGAGAGAAUAUUAUGAAAAUGAUAUACAGGUGGUACAUAACCCCAGUCAAGCUUGCAAAAAUCUAUCAUUUGCCCGAUAAUAAAUGUUGGAAAUGUAAAGAAACUGAAGGUACAUUUUUCACCUUUGGUGGACGUGCCCAAAGAUUAAGGCUUUCUGGGAAAUGAUAUAUAAUGAAUUUAAAAAGGUAUUCAAAUAUACCUUCCCCAAGAAACCAGAGGCCUUUCUCCUGGGCAUGGUCGGCCAAAUGGUGAUAAAAAAGGAUAGAACUUUCUUUAUGUAUGCAACAACAGCAGCAAGAAUACUCAUUGCAAAGUAUUGGAAGACACAAGAACUUCCCACACUGGAGGAAUGGCAGAUGAAACUGAUGGACUAUAUGGAACUGUUCCCGGGUUUUUCACCUACCUCAGGUGUUCACCCUUGGCUGACCUUUGCUGGUGCCCUGGGUCAGCGCUACCUGCAAGGGUGCAGGGAGCUAGUCGAACCAGAGCCUAUGCAACCACUCACUUUUUUGUAAUCAAUAAAGUUUGGCCUAAAUUCUGCCAAAAACCAAAACUAAAAUUUGAGUCAUAUACGUAUUUAUUUAGGGGGGAGGUCUCUGGGUCUGAACACGCAAAGCACAGAAUUGCAGAUAUCCUAUGUGUCUAUGUUCUUCCCAUUCACAUGGGAAUAUUUCUCAAAUCUUAUCAGGGGUAUGAUUUAGACAAUAAUUUUGUGGAGAUUUUCUUUCCGUUUCAUUUUUGUGGUGGAUCUGUUUCUUCAUUCUGUGUAUGGUGGGGAUGGAGCUAUCUCCAAAAAACUGGGAUACGUGUGCAGUUGUGCUAAAAUACUCACCCAAAGCACAGUGCUGAUAGCUUCAUUUGUAUUUAACAUCUGGAAAACCAGGCAGUAUCUUAUUUGGAUCUGAACAUGGAGUUUUGGUUCUUGCCUCUUGCCAUUUUCUAAGAUACUUCAUUUAGUCCUUUUUCUUUAAAAAACAACAACCCAGCAAUUUAUUAUAGUGGCCAUCCCAGAUAAUUUGUUCCACCGGCUAAUUACGUGUUGUGUGAAUUAUGUGUCUGUUUCAGAAUAAUAGUGGGUGGAAGUAUGCAUCUUCACUCGAUGAAAAUGUGAAGACACAUCCUUUAAUGAGGCCUUUUAAAACACUGACUGAAAAGGUAAUAAAGGAAAGAUCAAACUUCAUUAUUUAAUGAAACAACAGAUUUUGUGUGCAUAUUUUGUUUGCAUGUUUCAUUAAUACGUGAAUAUCACUGAUGCUGCAAGGUGCAUCAUUUUAAUAAGCAUUAAAAUAUGACAAGAUUUAAAUCCAAAUCAUGUUAAGUUCAGCUUUCCAAAUUGUAUACAGCGAGAAGACCUUUGUACAAUACUCCAGUUUAGACUUAUUCUAGGUGAAAUGUUACAAAAUUUGUAUAUAUCUUUUUUUAAGGAAAAGGAAAUUUAUCGAUGGCCUGCCAGAGAAUCUCUUAAAACCAUGUUAGCAAUGGGAUGGAGCCUAGAAAGGACAAAAGAAGGAGAUUCAAUGGUACAACAACGUGAAAGCGAAAAGCUCCGUAGCAUAUCACAGUCCAGCCAAGUAAGGCAGAACUUUCUUAUAAAAAAAGACUAGAGAAAAACAUGAGCUCAUUUUUCUCCCUGCAAACUAAUGCUAUUUCUGUUUUGCUAUUUCUAUUUUUAUUAUUUAUUUUUUUAAACACCUUUGUAGAAAUAUUGGUGUGGUGAACCAGUCCUGUGAAAUGUGUUAAGAAUAUUUCUUGCCAGACUCUGAGAUGGAGAGCAUGCUGGAACAUUCGCAAUAGCAAUUCCCCAUGGCAAAUUUUUCCAGUUGCCAAUUUAUUGUGACUUUUUCAUAGCUAAUGAUCAGGUGACUCAGCCCUUAUUUGUGAGGAAAAUUUUUCGACACAAUACAGUUUUUAAUAGAAUUCUAUUUUCCCUCCCACUUGCUCCACAGGGAGGAAUAUGCAAACUAGAUAGAUCUUACCUUGCUGUGGGAGGACAGAACCUCUAGCGUUCUUCCUGCCUUGCUCCCAUGCAGGUUGGGUGACAGCUGUACGCUGUCCUCUACUAUGCAGCCCGACCCCAUGAUAUUGCACAGGAAUCUGUGGACUUAGCACUCACACCUGUAGAACAUGGCUCCACGAAGACACAUCUUUCUGGUGCAGGGGUCUAAAUUUGAGUUCAUCAUACUCCUUUCCACUUCAUAGGUCUUGUGUGUCAGCAGUUGUAUGGGCCCUCAGCAAGCCUCUCUUUCACUGUAGUGGCAGGGAUUUAGCUUGUCAGGGACUGAAGAAACAUGGCUCCUUCCAGGCUUCCAUGCCACCUUCCACCGUGUUCUAGAGAAUUCCCCAACACUCUGGAGCUGAUUUUCAGGGGAUGGUGGGGACUGGGGCAAAAAUCUGCUCUCCUGCUGCAUUCAACAAUGCUUCCACUGGAUCAAAAGCCUUUCCACGAGUAUGAUAGUACUAACUGAAUUUCACCCUAAUUUAAGUUUUUUAAUAACACUUAGCAUCAGGCAUUUUGCAUCCUUAAAAUAACUUCAUUCAAUAUAGAUUGACAUGUAAAGAAUCUAAAUAUAAAAAACCAGCAACCAACAACCACUAAUUCUUCUUUUUAAUAACAGGGGAAUGGAUACAACCCAGCACCACUUGAUCUUUCAAAUGUUGUACUCUCCAGAGAAAUCCAGGUUUGUAUAAGGCUAUUCAGAAAUGUAGGAAAACACCUAUUCAUACUUAAAUAA